GCUGUGAAGUCGGGUCGGGCGAGGCGGCUCCCAGACGGCAGCGCUGGCGCAUCCGCAGCCCGCCUUUUGCCUCGAUCCAGGCCCGUGCGGCUUCAGGACUUCUCGCCCGUCGUUGCUCGAGCCGCCGCCUGUCCUGCAAUGGCGGACCAGCUGACCGAGGAGCAGAUCGCGGAGUUCAAGGAGGCGUUCUCCCUCUUCGACAAGGACGGGGACGGCACCAUCACCACGAAGGAGCUGGGCACCGUGAUGCGCUCGCUGGGGCAGAACCCCACCGAGGCCGAGCUGCAGGACAUGAUCAACGAGGUGGACGCGGACGGGAACGGAACGAUCGACUUUCCUGAGUUCUUGUCCCUGAUGGCGCGCAAGAUGAAGGACACAGACACCGAGGAGGAGCUGAUCGAGGCCUUCAAGGUGUUCGACCGCGACGGCAACGGCUUCAUCAGUGCCGCGGAGCUGCGCCACGUGAUCGCAGGCGCCUGCGGCGAAUCACCGCCGCUGCGCUGCUGGUGAAGAUUUUGCGGCCUAGAGAUGGGCAAUCAGCUUUGACCAUGUGUUGUUUUUGUGGCUCCCUCCCAGAACUUGCAGAAACGCCUCGGGGAACAUGCUGGUCGUUGGACUCUUUUUGGGCGCCGUGGGCCAGCCAGAUCAGGAGGGGCUCGGGGGCCUGCCGUGGUCAUCUGCGGGCCACCUCGGCCUGUCUUGUGGGUCUCGGGGACCAUGUCGAGAGCAUCCUGUGGCCAUUUUGACGCUGCAUGUUCAAACUCAUGGGAGGGAUUGUACUAGUGGAACCAGUAGUACACACUCGAGAUCGUAAAGUAACCAUGUGCUACGACAUCUGAGCUUUUCGGGGCUGACAUCCUUGGAGGGUCCGUUUCAAGGGGCGCCCCCACGACCUCGGGGAUACUUGAACGAACACGUAUGCUACCUCAUGAGCAGCUUGUGCCGCGCAGCUUGUUUGUCUCCACCCGGGGGGCCGGCCGAUGACCAACCUCGGAGAGAAGCUCACCGACGAAGAGGUUGACGAGAUGAUCCGCGAGGCCGACGUCGAUGGUGACGGCCAGAUCAACUACGAGGAAUUUGUGAAGAUGAUGAUGGCAAAGUGAGGUGCUGCCGCUGUUUUGCGGCAGGUCCUCUGAUGUGAUGACCGCUCGGCCACCGUCGAAUUCAAAUAUCAUGGAUCGCGCUGUCAAGCUGUAGACCCCGCCUCGAACCCAGAGGUAAAAUCAGCACAAAGGC